AUGUUUUCCGAGAUUCUAUCGACUCCGGUGAUUGUCCCUGUAUUUGUGGCCAUCAUUCUCGUCGUGGCUUCGAUCGCACGGCUCAAUAGACUCGACCCUCGUGAACCACCAGUAGCCGAACCUACAAUUCCUUUACUUGGGCACAUAUUUGGACUACUUUGGAAUGGAACUGCUUAUUUCCAACAACUCUGUGACAAAAAUCCCAACAUCCCCGCUCUCACAAUACCGAUUCCCAAGGCAAAAACAUACCUCAUAACCACCCCCUCGUUGCUUCAGGCAGUCCAACGCAAUUCCCGCAUAAUCUCCUUUGAUCCUUUUCUCAACUUCGCAGCUGACCGCAUCGCCGGCUGCUCUAAGCAUGCCCAGGAUAUCCUACGUGAAAGGCGCGUCGGUGGCCAGGGCGGUAAUCAGAAAAUCAUACACGCGAUGCACCCAACGCUUACUGGUGACGGUUUGGAUGAGAUGAAUGAGAAUAUGAUCAGAAGGCUCAAGUUGUGGAAUGAUGCACUUGCUACUAGAGCUCCUAUGAAAAUUGACCUGUAUGAGUGGUGUCGGGAAGUCAUUACAGUUGCCGCUUCGGAUUCGAUGUGGGGAGAUUUGAAUCCAUUUAAAUCAAAAGAAAUUCGUGAUGCAUUCUGGGACUUUGAAGGCGGCAUGAACAACCUCUUGCUGAACUUCUUACCUCAAUUUACUGCCCGUCGAGCGUGGAAAGCCCGCCAGACACUUACCAACGCUUUUGUGGAAUAUUAUAAAGCCGACGGUACUAAAUCUGGCUCUCAACUCGCUCAGUCUAGAUGGAAUUCUUGUCACGAGAUGGACAUAACGUUGAAUGAUAUAGCCUGUCUCGAGACAAGCAUGACCAUCGGCCUGCUCGCCAACACCAUCCCUACCGCCUUCUGGUUCUUAUUCGACGUGUGCUCGAGGCCUGAAAUACUCGAGAAAAUCCGCCGCGAGUUGUAUGAGCAUGCAGUGCAUAUCGACACUGUCGCCAGUUCUGCGAUUAUUGAUUUGACAGACAUCCGAGAGCAUUGUCCGUUCAUGGUUGCAGUCUUUCAAGAGAGUAUGCGGGUACGACUACCGGGCCGAACCACUCGUUUCGUCUAUGAGGAUGUAGUUCUUGACAAUAAAUACUUUUUGAAAGAAGGAUCUAUUAUACAGAUUCCUUACCCAGCCGUCCACGGACAUGCCGACGUCUGGGGCUCUACAUCCAAUGAUUUUGAUCCGACGCGGUUUCUCAAACUCACUCAACGCAAGGUUGGGGCGUUUCUUCAGUUUGGUAUCUCACCAGCUGCAUGUCCUGGGCGCCAUUUUGCGACGGGUGAAAUUCUCUCUUUUGUCGCUUCUCUCGUACUUCGUUUUGAUCUGACUCCGACUUCUUCCUCGCCUGGCUCCCCGUGGGAUGAACCCAAAGUCCGGCCUAAUUCGGUACUAACCAGUUUCGAUGCCCUGAAAAAACCACUGAUUGUCAAGGCAACACCGAGAGAGAAGUAUAAAGACUAUGAUUGGGACUUCCGGGUCACCAGGGGUAAGGGCCGAUUCGAGCUUGUCAUGGGGUAG